AUCAAUAGCCAGUUCUAAUCUCAGGUUUGGGGGGAAAAGGCCUCGCGGGUCGCAAACCGCUCUCUGUUGAUUUGGGAUUUGGGAGGCGCUCGAGUUUUCAGGUAAACCAUAGUUUAGUGACCCAUGGCUCGUACUAAGCAAACUGCUCGCAAGUCCACUGGAGGGAAGGCUCCUAGGAAGCAACUUGCCACCAAGGCUGCCCGUAAGUCUGCACCCACAACUGGGGGAGUAAAGAAGCCUCAUCGUUACCGCCCUGGAACUGUUGCUCUUCGUGAAAUCCGCAAGUAUCAGAAGAGCACUGACCUGCUCAUAAGGAAGCUUCCGUUCCAAAGGCUUGUCAGGGAGAUUGCCCAGGAUUUCAAGACUGAUCUUCGUUUCCAGAGCCAUGCGGUGCUUGCGCUGCAGGAGGCUGCGGAGGCGUACCUGGUGGGUCUAUUCGAGGACACUAAUCUGUGCGCCAUCCAUGCCAAGCGCGUGACCAUCAUGCCCAAGGACAUUCAGCUGGCUAGGAGGAUCCGUGGUGAAAGGGCCUAGAUUCUCUGUUUACUGCUACUGGGAGUGGCUCCGUAGUAUGGUUUGCAUCUGUUCGAUGCUUGCUUUUUGUGGAAGUUACAUUUGUGGGUGUUCGAAUUCGUAAUAUUCAUCCGUAGUGGACGAGUGGUAGGAAGUUCUGCAAUCUGACUAUGUUUUAAAAUUUAUAAUUGUUGUCAAUUAGUGUUGGUGUUGGUUUCGCCCAUCAACGGAUCAACCUUAUUGGUUAUCUGAACGACGAAUUGAUAUGUUAA